CUGAGGUUCUUGCCCUCUGGUACGGCAGACAGGCUACCUUUUGUCUUUGAUUCGCAUUCGUACGGCCGGUACACCGGCAUGGCAUCUACCUCUGGCACCUCGAACACCGUUGGCGUGCGGCGCUCUGGCCGAACCGUCCGCGCGCCCAAACGCGACUUGGAGGACACUCUCUCCUCCACGUCCGCCAAGGACGCCAACAAUGCGAGCACCAGCACCUCGCGCACACCCCGCAAGCUCAAGCGACCCAAAUUCGAGUCGGACGAGGACUACCUCGCGGACUUACUCUCAAACCCGAAAAGCCCGCUGACCACGAUGGACAUACGCGAACUAUUGAACGCGGAAAAUUGGUGCAAGUUGUCCGACGAGUCGCGCGCGCAACUGGCGCCGCUGCUGCCCCCUACCGCGUUUAGAGAUUUCGUCCCAUCCCUGCACCCUCUUCAUCCCGCGCGCAAGACUCAAAUCGAACGCCAACGUCAACGACAACAGGAGCUGGAAGCUGGCCCGUCAACUGGUGCCAGCAUAUCGUCCGCCGCCAUCACCGAGCAAGACCCUGUCCCAACGUCGUCAAAGGCGCCAGAUCUACUCGACCCAACGGUUUUUUCCGAACCCAACUUUGUCGCGGCCGCGCUCACCUUCCAGGACCACCUCUACUCGGGCUACAUGACCGAGGCACACAAGGCGAAGGUCGAACGGUACAAGCGCGGGCUUGUAGACGGGACGCUGCAUGCGCCGUGGAAAGACGAAGUGUGGGAGCAGGAGCACGCCCUUACGGCGGAGGUUUCCGAUCGUGCAGGAGACGCCGCCGAGCUGAAGCUCGUGGACCUUGCCAAGCACGAGGUGAUCCAAGUAGGCGAUAUCCUAGCGUAUUCGCGGCGCUUCCCCAACCUCGAUGUUAUGGUCGAAAAGGAUCUUCUGGUCGAAGGCAUCCACCCGAAGAACUACUCCCUCACUCUCGCCUUCACCACCGGACGGGAGAAAGACCUUCCGAUGUCCAUGCUCCCUCGCGAACCGCAGCCAACUGGCUCCACCUGCUCCGUCACCGUCACCAACCCGAGCAUGCUCGAGAACGCGGUGCUCGAUUCGGAUGGGCGCGUGCCGAAGAACAUGCGCCCCAGCGGGAACGCGUGGAAAACCUUCACGCUGCAUCGCUGGCGCCAGGACUUUGAGAUGGAGGUGGGCGAGGACAUGAUGUGGACGCUUCCGCGGGGUGGGAGGGAGAGCCACGGGACGUUGUUUUAUCUGCGGGGGUCUCUCUACCACGAUAUGUGA